AUGCAAUGCUCCGCUCGUUCAGGUCCUAGGAACCAGACGCCCGCCGCCGCUCGUUCAGGUCCCAGGAACCAGACGGCCGCCGCCACCUCUCGUUCAGGUCCGAGGAAUCAGACUGCCGCCGCCGCCGCCGCUCCUUCAGGUCCGAGGAAUCAGACGGUCGUCGCCACCGUGACCGGCCGACCGCACGCUAGGAAUCGGCGAGCGCGAGGCGAUAUCGGCAACCACGUGAACGCCCCUAUCGUUGAUAGGGAGGCCAAUCGCCGCUGCCUCACCAGGAGCCUCAGCGCCCGGCCCAACGCCGUUAGUAUUUACUUUUACAAAAAGCUAGUUGCCGAGACUAACCAGCUUGAGAGUGAGAAAGCUCAGAAAGAAGCUGAAGUCCAACAGGUGAAGGAGGAGAAUGUAAAGGUGAUGGAGGAGAAUGUGAGGCUACGUGCAAAAUGCUUGACAAGGAGGCGCUGCUCCAGGCCAUGA